UUUCUUUUCUCCUCACCUUAUUAUCUUUCUUUACUAUAUAUAUCUCCAACUCCAACCCACCCAGCAUCUCAUCUUAUGAUAUAAAGACCCUCCUGUCCCGUCACCACCCCAUCCCUGAUCCCUUCACCGUUCUCCUCCUCGCUUCUCCUCCAACUCUUUGUUUCCUCUUUCAAUCCUCCUCCCUCUCCCUCCGCCCAAGACAAAAUCAAUUUCCCCUGAACUCCGAUUGCACCACCCGGUCCAUCCCAUCCAUGAAGAAGCUCAUCCGGAGGCUUUCGCGCGUGGCCGACUCCUCGCAGUACAGCCUCCUCAGAUCGGACUCCUCGACCGCCGGAAAGUCUUGCCGCUGGAGGCUCCUUAGAUCGGGCGCCGUCCCGGAGGGCCACCUCCCCGUCUACGUCGGAGAGGAGAUGGAACGAUUCGUCGUCAGCGCCGAGCUUCUCAACCACCCGAUCUUCGUGAAGUUGCUCAACAAAUCGGCUCAGGAGUACGGCUACGAUCAGAAAGGGGCGCUUCGCAUCCCUUGCCACGUCUUCCUCUUCGAGCGCGUCCUUGAAGCCUUGCGGGCCGGCGACGAUUCCGUCCAAGAUCUUCUCGCCUCCUUGUCCGACGACUUUCUUUAGGC